CUCUCAUCUAUGAGUGCAAGUGCAAGAGUGCAAAAUCUUGUCAAAAAAUGUAAUAUUUACAACUCAUCUAAGACAUCCAAUCAAAAGAAUAGUGAGAGCCAAACAAGCAAGACAGCACGCUAAUAUGAGUAGUGAUAAUGUGCAGCCAUGAUGAAAUCUUAUAAAUUACGGGAUGUAUAUAUAUACUAUAUAGUGUCAUUACUUCGCUAAUCACCGACCUGAAAUUUUUCAGCUUUUCAUUCGCUUCGCUAAUCUCUGACGAUGAAGCUCCGAAUCCGAUCGACGGCGACGAAGGAAACGAUUCGCGUCGAUGUUCCCAAUUCCUCCUCCCUCUUCGACCUCAAAUCCCUAAUUUCCUCGAAUCUCUCCUCAGGUACACCAAUCCCUCCCGAAUCUAUUCACCUCUCCCUCAAUCAAACCGACGAAAUCACGUCUUCCCCUGAAGAGCACCUACAAUCCCUUGGUCUCACCUCCGGAGAUCUUCUUUUCUACUCUCUCGACUCGAGCGUUAAUUCUACUCCAGAAACCCUAAACUCAUCGCAAGCUUCACCGGUAAUACCAUUCUCCUCGGCUUCCACCUCGGCUUCCGAACCGCCCACUGAUGACGGCAUGGAAGUGGGAUCGGAAUUGGAAUCGGAAUCAGAACCUUUUGUGCAUGAGAAGACAGCGUCUGUUCCAUGCUUCCUUCGAAGGGUUAUGGAAACGGAGAAGAGAAAGAUUAAGGGGAAUAUGGGACUCACGGUGGUCGCUAUCCAUGCAGUGUUCUUGGAGUCUGGAUUCGUCGCUUGCGGUGGCGGCGGCGGAUCUUCACUUCCGGAAGGAUGUGCUUCGGCGUCUCACCUGGUCUCGGUAAUGUACACGCUUCCAGAUUUUAUAAGUUGUGGUAAUUUGGAAGAUGUUAAAAAUGUCAUCUUGAAGCUUUCUGCGGUUGGGAAUCAUGUUUCUAUUUACGGGCGCUUGGUUGGAGCACAAUCUGAUAUUUACCGUCUUUCUGUGGAUUCUACCAAGUUGGAUCCUUUGUUGGCUUCAGCCGUGAAUGAACUUCAUGAGAAAGAACAGGAGGAUAUUUUCCAGCUCUGGAAAACUGUUAAGGAUCGUCUGUCCAUGCCCCUACUUAUUGAUAUAUGCCAGAAGAAUGGGUUGCCCCUUCCACCCUGCUUUACUCGGCUUCCCACUGAUCUCAAGAUCAUGAUUUUGGAGUUCCUGCCAGGUCUCGACCUUGCAAAGGCUGCAUGUACUUGUUCUGAGUUGAGGUACCUCGCAUCCAAUGAUGAACUUUGGAAGCGGAGGUUUUUGGAGGAGUUUAAGCUGUUUGCUGCAGAAAGCACUGGAGAGCCUUGGAAGGAUAAAUUUGCGAGAUCGUGGCUGAAAAGAAAGAAAGCCAGGAUGGAGAGGGAUAAUGCAUUGGUUCCCUACAUUCGUACCCCAAGGAUUAUACCGAUGCCAUGGAUUCCUGGCGCCCAGAGGUUUCCUAUGAUUGGCGGAGAUUAUGAUCGUUUCCCGGCUAUUGGCGAUCCUAGAUCAUUGCGGAGAGCAGGAUUUAAUCAACAUGCAGCAAGGCGGCAUUUUUCACCUAAUUGUAAUUUGGGUGGAGGUGGUUUUUGAAGUAUUCAUAAAAUUUGUUGAACUGAAUUUGGUACUCAUGCUUAAUUGGUUAUCUGAUGUAUGAAUAUUGUGUUUUUCGUAGAGCUUAUGCUGUUUUAUCA